UACAACCUUUCUGAACCUAAGUCACGAGACAUUCCUUUUGUGAAUAACAGAGGUCUAAACGACUGUUUCAAAAUGAGGAUGGAAGAAAUCAUUUGGUUUCUAUGGCUCUAUUGCCUAUGUUUUACAUCAGGUUAUUGGACACCGACUUAUACAACAGAAACCCCUUCGCAAACAACGGACACAUUUUUGUGCGGUAACGGAUCACAGCUCAUCACGUCUCCUGGCUACCCAAGCGGAUAUGGAAACAACAUGGACGUAAGGUGGUCGUUUAGUACCCAUCCUGGAAGCUUGCUCGCUAUUGAAUUCUACGAUUUUUAUCUUGAGAGUUGUUGCGACUGGGUAUAUAUUAUUAGCGACGGAGAAGAAAUUGCCCGUUACAAUGGUAACCAAUUGCCGCCAAUAACGGUAUCCACCAAUAACACACUGACGGUUGUCUUUACUAGUGAUUACAGUGUAACAGGAAGAGGAUUUCAAGCAGAAAUAUUUACCUACCCAGGACAGUCGGAUGGUUUUUGCUCUGACUUUAAUGAUGGAUGGUGUGGAUGGUCUCACACUUAUAGUUCUAGUCAAUGGAGGCGUUCUUCUGGGAGAAUUUAUGGCGCUGAUAGAGGCAAUCGCUACUCUUCAUCAGAUGAUUAUUAUAUUUAUGUUGAGUCGACCUAUUCAUCGCAAUAUGGAUACCUUGACAGCCAAAUGAUACCAUCUACAUGGAGUGAUGUUUGUCUUAAAUUUUACUUUUAUAUGAGUGGAUCAUAUAAUUACAUAAACAUUUAUCAGAUUAAGAAUUAUAAUUCAUAUUAUGUGUUCUCGGUCAACGAUGACUACAGUAGCCAAUGGAAACAUGUUAGUGUUAAUUUUGCUAACCUUGCCAACUCUUACAUAAGGUUGAUAGGAAGAGCCUAUGGUUACUACUACUCUACAGAAAUGGUAGCUGUUGAUGAUAUCUAUAUCAGUAAAGGCACAUGCUCGGACUUUGACG